AGAGCUCUUGCAAGGAAAAUGGCUGACGAACCUAAUUUAGAGAAGGUAGCUCUGGAAAAUCGUGUUGAAAAUAUGGAAAAUACUUUGAAGGAAUUGAUGGCGUCCUUCCAAUCUCUUCAAGCAACCUUAGUCACAAGGGCACCUUUGACAACAAAUCCUUUAUUUGAAGGAAAUGUUCCGGUGGCAAAUCUCCCUAUCGCCACAUCUACUCUUGGAAAGGAGCCAAUGUCAUCUUGCCCACCAAAUCCAACUAUUGGUGGAACUUCUGGGACAAAGCCAUUCGUUCUAAAUGCUGGUGUUGCUACAGUUCUAUCUAAUGGUCAAGAAGAGAUUCAAGUUGUCAAGUCAAUCACAGAGGAUGAAGACAAGGCAAUUAAAGCGAAGGUGCAGUUGAUGGAGGAAACACUAAAAUCGAUGCAAGGUGUCCAAACCAAUAAAUUGGUUGACAUCUCAUCUUUGUGCUUUUUCCCAAACAUUCAACUGCCCCAUAAGUUUAAAUUGCCUGAGUUCGAUAAGUACAAUGGCACUGGUUGUCCUUAUGCCCACUUGACGAUGUAUUGUAGGAAGAUGGCUCCCUAUGCCAAUGAUGAGAAGCUGAUGAUACAUUACUUUCAGGACAGUCUGACAGGUCCUGCAGAUGCUUGGUUCUCAACUUUAGACAAGAGUAAAGUUAAGAGUUGGCAUGAUUUGACUCACAACUUUAUGAAGCAAUAUGAAUACAAUACGUCAUUAGCUCCUAAUAGAGAGGAUCUUCAAAAGACAGAAAAGAAACCAAGUGAGAGCUUUAAGGAAUUUGCACAGAGAUGGCGUGGAUUGGCUGCUCGAGUUCAACCUCCACUAACUGACCAUGAAUUGAGUAAUUUAUUCAUCAAGUCAACCAAAGGACCUUAUCGUGAGAAAUUAAUAACUUGUGUGAAUUACACUUUUGCUCAGUUGGUUGUUGUGGGAGAACAAGUGGAGGAUGGAAUCAAGUCUGGAAUUAUCAUGGAUUAUCAAGCAAUGAAGAGUCUCUUUGAACAAUACCAAAAUGAUAGUUCAGGGGUUUCUAGUUCAAGGAAAGUUGGUCAAAAUCGAAAGGAGGAGAAUGGGAAUGGCACUAUAAGCUCAGUUUAUAAUCAGUCAUGGGGGCAGUUCAAUAAUCGGUUCCAAGCUCCAACUUAUCAAUCAACGACUUUCACAAGUCAAUCAAGGCCCAUUCAUGCCUCUGGGACAAGUCGUCCACAACAAGAGAAAAAGAGACGCUAUUUUGAUAAACUUCCAAUGUCAUAUACUUAAGUGUUUCGACAGUUGAUAGCAACUAGGCUUGUUACCCCUGUACCUAUGGUGCCAUUAAGUCCACCAUUUCCAAUAUGGAGGGGUGAUGAUUAUUAGAAAAUACUUAUAUGAGGCAUCCUAAUUCUUGCCUUUUGCAAGUGUUACUCUCUGCAUGCUUGAUGUCUUAGCUUUGACUUGACUCUAAGAUGUCUAGGAUGACUUGAUUGUAAAUUUGCUUAGCCUCCAUGGGCUACGAGGUGAAGGGGUAGUCUUUGAAGUACCUGAUGCCCUAGAGUUCUGUUCCAAGAGAAAUGGUUCUUUUAUCUGGCUGCUUUGAUUUUUGUCUGCCCUUUUAAUUAGAAGACAGUAAUCUUCUAAGUAUCCUGAUCCCCACUAUUUAUUAUUCUGUUAAUGAAUUCGUGUUACUUUG